AUGGACGGCACGGCUCAGCUCCAUUUCUCGCAACCCGAAGCCGCAAACGCCGGUGAUUCGACGUUGCCAGGGCCACCGGCGCCGCAGUCGUCAGUGUUGCAUGAGGAUGAUGGCUCUUUUUUUGUCUCACCGAGGUCGACGACCUUUGUCGACUUCACAUGGGUGCCGCGUGGCCCCGGUGCACCGUCGCCCGCGGGCCGAUCAUGGUCAAGGUCAACGUCGACAUGGAGCGCGAGGUCGAGCUCCCGAUCCACCAGCUGCGGCCAGGGCUACGGCAGUUACAGCGGCCACGGCUGCGGCAGUUUUAGCGGGCGCCGAGCCCGAUGCGCAACGGGCCCUGGCGGUGCUGCCAGCCUGAGUGCUGCCAGCGCUGCAGGAGGCGCAACAUGUGCUGCCGGCGGUAGCCUUGGCGCUGCUAGUGCGGGUGUCAGUUCUGCCGUCAGCGCGGAUAUCGGCGACGUCGACAUGGGCGGUGCAAGCUUGAGCCCUACGAGCCCUGCACGCCCUCGUGCUGCAAACCCCGCUGCACCUGCUGGGCCAGCGGCUGCCAGGCCACAUGCGCCUUCCAGCACACAUGGACCACCUGCUGUUGAGCCCGGACCUGCAGCGGCCGCUGCAUGCGCACCUCCACCUGCGCCUGCGAGCACCACCUCCACCAGCAGAAGCACCCCAGCGCCCACUAUCCGCACCGCUGCUGGUGCAUUUGCAGGUGCCGGUGCAGAUGCCACGGCGCCGCCGCACCAGCAGCACCAGCAGCACCAGCAGCAGCACCAGCUGGAGGGCACCGCCGGUCGCUGUGCUUCCGGGCCCCAGGUCGCCUCGUCUUCAUCUCAACAACAUGAAGCUUGUGCUGGCCCACCAGGUGCAGUCGUUCCGACGCCAUCAUUCCGAUCGUCGGUUCCCACCGCUGUUCCCACCUUUAUUCCCACCCUGCUGCCUUUGUCUGUGCCCUCGUCUGUGCCCUCGUCUUCCCUUCCGACGCCGAUUCCAACAUCAUCGUCUGGUAUUCAUAUCAAUACUGCAGUCCCGUCAUCUGUCCGGCUGGGCUCCAGCUCCAGCCCCAGCUCCAGUUCCAGCUGCAACUCCAGCCCGACCGGCGUCGCCUCCAUCCAUGUCUCUUCGGCCAUCUCGUCGCCCACGAGCAUCUCCCCGCGCUCGACCAAGCCUCCAGCUUCCGUCGCCUUCAAUGUGAAGAUGCCCCCUCGCCCUGCCAAACGCUCGGCGGAUGGUAGCGGAGCUAGUGAUGACGAUGCCAGCGCCUCUAGCACCGCCAAGCUAAAGCUGGCACGUUCGGAUCGGGGGCCCGAGGAUUUCUCUUCCGUCGUCAAGAACCGUCUUCAGUCGUAUACCCGCACUGGCCAAGCUUGCGACAGAUGCAAGGUGCGCAAGAUCCGCUGUGACGCCCUGCCCGAGGGUUGCUCGCACUGCAUCAAUCUGAAUCUGGACUGUUAUGUCACGGAUCGUGUCACGGGCCGCACCGAGCGCAGAGGCUACAUGCAGCAGCUGGAACGGGAAAAGAGCCGCAUGAUGUCGCACAUUCGUGACUUGGAGCGGCUCUGCGCAGAAAAGAACGUCGAGGUCAAGCCCUUCCAAGGACGUGUUCGCGCCCAGAGCCCUCCCGACGCCGCUCAUGAAGAAGACGCGAGCAAUGCCUCGGCCAAUGUAGCCGCCGCCUCGAGCAACGACGGCUGGUCCAAGUUUGGCUCUCUAUGGAUCAAGGACAGCUCGACGCCGGACCCAACAAGCAGCAUUCUCCGGCAUAAUCUUCCGCGCAACGAGUGGCAAACCAGGCCCGAGCAGAGCCGUUGGGGCGUUGGAUCCGACGAUGCACCUCUCAGCUCCUUGAAGGGAAUGACACUUACUCUGUUGGGCACUACCAUUGAAACCACCUCCUUUGAUGCGCCAGAUGUCGAUGAGCCACCCACCGCUGCUGACCCUUCUGUGCCUUUGUAUAACAAGUCAGUGCAGGCAUUCUUGCGUUCCGCCAUGCGCGUGAACCCUGCUGUUCAGGUUGAGUUGCCUACCCGUGAAAAUGCCUUCAUCUAUGCUGAGUGGUACUUCAUCACCAUUGCCUCUUUCAUGCCCUUGCUGCACAAGCCAACAUUUAUGAAACUUUUGACGAGAGUAUAUGAUGAACCCGGUUUCAAACCCACUGUGCCCCAGUUGGUCAUGGUGCACAUGGUGUUCGCCAUCAUACUAUUCCAAUUUGGAGUUCGGAACAGCGAAACCCUGGAGCAGCGCAACAACUUUAAUGAUCUUUCAAACAAGCAUUACCAUUUUGCUCUCAGCAAGAUGUACGAGGUCUUUUCCUCUGCAGAUUUUGAAGCUUUACAAGGUCUGGUUCUCAUCGCCUCCCAUACGAGAGCCUUUCCCAAACCGGGUUGCGGAUCGAUAGUUGCAAGUAUGGCUUUGCACCGAGCAAUCGAGCUGAAUUAUCAUCGGAGAACGAAAAAGCCUGGUGAACCAACAGAUUUGCAGAACGAACUUCGCAAACGUGCCUGGUGGAACAUGAUGAUGGUUGUUGUUGACAUCAAUGGCAAACGAGGCUACCCACUCCCAGUAUCCGUGCAGGACUUUGACGUCGAUUUCCCAGAGCCAAUCGCUGAUGAGCUAUUGUCCGACGAGGGCGUCGACACAUCGCGAACCGUUCCUUGCCCCUAUGAAAUCGCAAUUGCCGCAUUCAAAUGCAUCCCCAUUUAUAUGGAGAUGUACGCGAAUAUCUUUAGUGUGCGGAGAGACGAAAGCAACUACAAGAAUGUCCUCGCCGUCCUUGAAGCUCAGAUGAAGCAGUGGGAGGCCGACCUUCCAGAAUCCAUGCGGCUUAGCCCGGCCAAGAAACAUGACCAUGGAAUGGUUGGCGCUCUCUUCGCACGCACCUACAUGCUGGAGUUCCGCCUGCACAUCAGACAUCCGUCGUUGGCAAUGACGACUGAUGCGGCCCUGAUUGCUGAAAACACCAAAAUUUGCGAGGAGGCUGCUAGGGAAUAUCUCCAGACUGUCGAACAUCUGAGUAGGAUGAAGGCCCUAGAUACGACAUGGCAUCAGAUGUCCCUGUACUGUGUUGCCAUCUUGUCCAUGCUAGUACCUCAAUGGCAACGACGAUUUGAAAUCACACAAGACGAAGUAGCCAGGCUGAGGGAUGAAAUGCAGAGGUGGAUGAACAUUGUUAGAGAAAUGAGUGCCCUGCUCGGCUGCGGCAUUGGCAUGAGUACUCAGAUUGCGCAAUUGAUUAACCGCACCAUGUCUUGGAUCGAACAUGAUAUGCCGCAGAAGGAUGGGAAGAACCCGAUUCUGGCGCACGUCAACGUGAAGCAAGAGCAUACCUUGCCCUCGCAAGGCACAGUUCCGUUGGCACCACAAGAGCAGCAGCAACAUGGCCAUGCCGUUCCGUUUGGAGCUGUUGCCCCUCAGAAUCAAUCCUUUCCGUCGGCAGACACUUCCCAGGCGGAAGAACUCACCAAAAAUUUCUACCAUGCAAAUAUUACGGCCCCGGCGCAUGCGACGUAUCCAUCCCUGGCAUACAUGGACCAACAGACGCAACCAAACCCUCAGGCCACAGCCUCAUACCAGCACGACCAGACCGAGCUAUAUUAUCCUAGUUCAAGUGCAGCUGCUGGGCACCCAGGUGGCCCUGCUCAGACUGCCACCCUCGCAGGAUACGGAUCCGAGGCUGGGCAGCAUAUCUGCCACCAAAACUCUGACAUGAUGUGGAGGUCGUCAUGGCAGAAUUGGUCUGCUGCGAUUGCAGAAAGCCAACAACGAUACGGCGCCGAUUCACUAAUGACUCUUGGCGAUGCAGAAACAGGAAGAAACUCGGUCAUCACGCCCAUAAUGGCGGGCAACGGAAUGCCUCACACUGGUGGCGAACUGCCCAUGGUGCCACAGCCAACAUCAUGGCCAUUGAUAAUGUUUGAUCAGACUCCUCGGGAUUAG